AUGUCCACCCACUGGACCAAGGCCUACCCCUGCGGCAACGUGAGGGCCACCACUAUCAUUGAAGUCAUGACCCGCGAAUUCAUGGCCAGGUUCGGCUACCCGGAGUCCAUUUUAACUGACAACGGCAGCCAGUUUCUGGGGGCCCGAUGGAAGGACUGGUGCCAGGAGGCCCACAUGGAACAUCACACCACACCUGCUUACCACCCACGGUCAAACCCCACCGAGCGCCGCAACCAGGAGUUGAAGGUCCAACUGCGCCUGCGGCUGGGCGAUGACCAUACUCAGUGCUAUCUCCACGUCGCCGAUGCCCUAUUCUGUGUCCGCCGAAGAGUAAAUGCUGCCACCGGGAGGACCCCGGCCGAGAUGGUCCAGGGCCGCAACCGUCCGCUGCCGGGGGAGCUGGCCGUCCAUGGAGUGCCGCACCAGGCAGAAGGCAGAGGAGAUAGCGACCAAAGACGCUCGGACGACCACGAGGCGGUGCGCACGUGA